AUGACUCCCGAUGAUGAUCUGAAUAAGGUGAAGGAUAAACAAUCCAAUUCUGGAAGUAAUCCAAAACAAACUGGCAAAGCAAGUCAGAAGUCGCAGAAGCGUCCCAAAAGUAAGCACAAUCCAAAUGAACACUCUUUAAAUAAUUCUACGAGUAGACGUGGUAGAUAUAAUAAAGGUAGAGGUUCUUAUGAAAGAAGCUCUAACAGAGGACAAUCUACUAAUACACAGAUUUAUAGUGGAGCCGAUCAAGCCGAUUUUGAAGGCUCGAUUCAAGAGGAAAUAUUUAGUGGUAACUAUAAGUUGAAUGGCCGUAAAACUAAGAUUUCUAUAAAUCAUUUACUUGACUUUCAGUUACCUGAAAUUGAGAGAGAGAGAAAUGGUUUUAGUGGUAACCAUAAUACAAAAAUUAAUAGACAGAAACACUCACAUCAAGAAUACAUCCUUCUGCAGGGUGAUUCUUUCAUUAAUGUCAAUUAUAAAUUACUGAUUGAUAAAAAUGGCACUUAUUCUGAACAAAAUAUAGAUCCUAAUAAAUUGGUUUCAUCUGAAAACAUUGUUAGAGUAGUGGUGCCAAAAGGCCAAAGCUGUCCAAUCUGUUUAUGCGAUGUACCGGUAGCUCCACGAAUGGUCAUAUGUGGUCACUACUUUUGCUUCACCUGUUUACUUACCUUCUUCUCUAUUAAAGAGGUGAUUAAAAAUCCUGAUACUGGAUAUGAAAAACCAAAAAAGUAUAAAGAAUGUCCUUUAUGCAAUAGUAUCAUACGACCUAGUAAUGUCAAAGAUGUGCUGUACGAGGAUGACAUUUUUUCCAACAAUAUCGAAAUUCCAAAACCAUCAGAUAACAUAAAAAUAAAACUGAUAUGCAGACCACAUACUUCGCUAUUAGGGUUACCAGUUAUGAUGAAUAUUGACCCAAAUAUAGUAGGGAACUUUCCUCCAAUUAAUUUCAAAGAGAUUUUUGACUACGCAAAGAUGAUAAAAUGUGAUGAUUCUGCACAACUGCAAUUUCUUCAAAAUGAUUUAAAUGCGAUUCAAGAUCAGUUGGAAGUUGAUAAAGCGUUAUUUAAUAUUAAUGAUGAGUUUACAAAAGAAGCUAUUGAAGCAAUUAACGCAAAAAUAAUGAAUAUAUUAUCUAAGGAAGGUUUAGAAUUAUCAGAUGAUAAUCACUUAGAAUUUAAGUCAUUGGAUAUUUCUGAUGUCAAUAUAUCCGACAAAUAUAACGAUUCCAAUGCCUUUUAUUAUUACCAAUACAUUGUGAAUUCAUCAUCAACAAAAUUUUUCUUAUCACAACUUGACAUUAAAAUUUUAAAGGCUGCAUUCCAGGAGUAUUCUAAAUUUCCUGUUGAACUUGACACGAAGGUUGAAAAUGUUCAUUAUGGCAAUGUAAUCACUAAAGACUUUAUUGCCAAAAAUAAAUAUAUGCAUCAUCUAGCAUUAGGGACCGAAAUUGCAUUCAUUGAACUUGAUUGGAGAAACUCUAAUAUAAUACCUAAAGAAAUAUUUGACAAAUUCUCAGCUGAGCUGAAACAAAGAAGAAGGAGAUUUAAUAUUAAACAGAAGAGAGAAGACAUUCAAAGAAAACAAUAUGAGUAUCAACUUGAAAAAGAGACUGCUGAGUUUUAUAAACGAGAGAACGGUGAAUUGAUAGAACCAUACCAAGUCAUUGAACACCGUUUGAAUGAUAAGCAAGCGUUUAAUCAUAGCAACAUGUUCGCAGAUUCUUUGAAUGAAUUUACAUACUCCGAAGAUGAAGAAGAUGAAAAGAAGGAGUCUAAGAAUCCAGGUGGUAAAAAUAAGUCUUACAAUGAAACGACGAUAUGGGGUACAUCAAUUGAAGUCCAAAUGGAUGAAAAGACAUUACAAGAGAACAAAGAGUUUGAAGAAAUGUUGUUCAAUAAAAUUCGUGGAGGAGAAGUUACCAUCGAAUCCGAAAGUACAACUCCUGGAAAUGAUGUCGAAUCCAAUGACAUAGGAGCAGAUUCUGGUCUAGUGUCAUCAAACCGAUCGACUGAAGAGCAAUCGACUGAUUCAUUACCUAAGGGUAAAAAAUCCAAGAAACAAAAGCCAAAAUCAAAAUCAAAAGUACUGUUGUUCAGCAACAGUUACCAAACAUUAUAA